CCCCGGGUUCAGCCUACUUUUAAUUACAGCAUGGGACAAUUCUUUUUAAUUUGCUUGCACAUCUUGUCCUGUGUCACUCUCCUCUCCCAGAGGAAACAGAGUGGAUCCGUGAAAACCAAAGCAUACAACUAUUGACUGUCCAAAUCGGAUCCAAUUUUUUAUUUAUUUUUUGCUACAAUUUUACAAGUCUCAGUUAAAGGUUUUUUUUUAUUAUUUCUUAGACUUUUUAAAACAUUGUAGUAAGUUUUAGCAGACAGACUUACAACCCAGCCAGGAAAGGUUUGUUUUUAUAUUUGUUAGAUGCUCCUGUGCUUAACUUAAUUAUGUUAAUUAAAGUCCUUUAUUAAAGUCCUUGAGUAAGUCAAUAGAAGUGUAACAGGAAUAGCCAUGGGAAUAUUUCAGUGUAAUACGACUUCAGGGAUACCCAGCAAUGUUUGGAAUGGAAUUAAAAGCCAGAUUCAAAGUCAUGCACCCGAGGGAUUGGAACUGGAUCUGGUGCACAUGCUACAGCAGAAGCGGAUCAGCGAGUGUCCACUGCUCAAUGCAGCCAGGGAGAAUGACGUUGGGGCAAUGAAGAAACUGCUGGAUUGUGACAGCACUGACCUUUAUGUCAGAGGAGUGGUUGGAGAGACGGCUUUGCACGUGGCAGUCUUGUAUGAUAAUCUGGAGGCCACAAAGUUAUUGCUGGAAGCUGCCCCGGAUCUGGUCAACCAGACGUUCUCCUCUGACUUGUAUGGAGGACAAACUGCCUUGCACGUUGCAUCUGUCAAUCAGAACAUUAACUUGGUAAAGUUGCUGAUUCAAAAAGGUGCGGAUGUGUGUUAUCCUCGCGCCACUGGGACCUUCUUCUCCUACAGUCCGGAAAACCUCUUCUACUUUGGUGAACACGUGCUGUCCUUUGCUGCCUGUGUUGGCAAUGAGGCCAUUGUACGUUUGCUGAUAGAGAGCGGAGCCAACAUUCGGGCUCAAGACUCCCAUGGAAAUACGGUUCUCCACAUCCUCACCCUUCAGCCCAACCAGACUAUUUCCUGCAUGAUGUAUGAUCUCAUUCUGUCCUACGAUGAGAAAGGCAGCGACGUUGACGUGCAGAUGAUCCCAAAUUUCAUGGGCCUCACUCCAUUCAAGCUGUCUGCAUCCGAGGGAAACAUUGAGAUGUUCCAACACCUGCUAAAAAAACGUAAGCAGGUUCAAUGGUCUUUUGGUCCUAUAAAUUCCAUUCUGUAUGACCUCUCGGGCAUCGAUUCUCGGGAUGAGGAUCAGUCUGUGUUGGAGCUUGUGGUAUCAUCUAGAAAGAGAGAGGCUCGGCUUAUCCUAGAGAUGACCCCUGUGAAAGAGCUAGUCUGUUUAAAAUGGCAGAGCUGUGGUCGACCAUAUUUUUGGCUCUUAGCUGCAAUCUACUUCAUGUAUAUGGUAUUCGUUACUGUGAGUUGCACCUACCGGCCUCUGAAGUCCAUUCCAAAGGACAACGAUUCACGAAAUUCCAUCAUCAUGGUACAAAAGCCUCUGAGCGAGGCCUAUGCUGCUUAUGAAGAUCAACUUCGCCUGGGCGGGGAGCUGAUCAGUGUUAUUGGAGCAAUGGUUAUUUUACUUCUCAUGAUUCCUGACCUCCUACGGGUUGGAGCUACCAGAUAUUUUGGACAGACAGUUCUUGGUGGACCUUUCCAUAUCCUAAUAAUAACGUUUGCCUGUAUGGUGAUGGCAGUUUUGGUAAUGAGGGUCACCAACAGCAAUGGGGAGGUAGUCCCUAUGUCGGUAGCAUUGGUGCUUGGAUGGUGUUACAUCCUGUAUUUCACCCGAGGCUUCCAGAUGCUCGGACCUUUUACCAUCAUGAUUCAGAAGAUGAUAUUCGGAGACCUGUUGAGAUUCUGCUGGCUCAUGGCGGUUGUCAUUCUUGGAUUUGGUGCAGCAUUCUAUGUCAUAUUUCAAACACAAAACUCAGGAGAUCUGGGGCAGUUCAUGACAUAUCCAAUGUCCCUGUUCAGCACUUUCGAACUGUUCCUGACCAUCAUUGAUGGUCCUGCUAAUUAUAGCGUGGACCUUCCCUUCAUGUUCAGCGUGAUGUACUCGGCUUUUGCAAUAGUUGCAGCUCUUCUGAUGCUGAAUCUGCUGAUCGCCAUGAUGGGAGACACUCAUUGGCGGGUGUCCCACGAAGGAGACGAGCUUUGGAGGGCUCAGGUUGUAGCCACUACCCUCAUGCUGGAACGGAAAAUGCCAAAAAUCCUCUGGCCUCAGGUGGGAAUCUGCGGGAGAGAGUAUGGUCUUGGCGACUCUUGGUAUCUUCGAGUUGAAGAGCGUAAGGAUUUGAAAAUGGAAACAGUGAAGCAAAAUGCAGAUGCAAUUCAGAACAAUGACAACAAACAGGAUGGAGUUGGGGAUAACCAGUCUCAGAAGUUUGACUUCUCAAAUGAAAGGAUCAUCAACAAGCGAGUUUCUAUAUCAGAAAGUCCAGCUUUGCUUCGUAAAAUAUCCCAACGGAAAGUGAGCAGAGGCUGGAGUAUUCUAAAGAAAGCCACCCUCGAGCAGCUACAGGGGAAAGUAAAUUAUGCUUUGGAAACUGAAGAAAACAUCUAUAAUGUAUGAGUCCAAUAUCAAGCUGAUAUUGUGAAGAUUCAGAGAUCUGUUUGAGUAGGAAUUUGCCAUUUUUUGGAUUGUUGGGAAUAACAUCAUUGCUUUACAUUUGUUAUUCGAAAUCUUGGAUUGUGUUAGAAUUUGAGAGGGAAAGGAACUCUACAAUACAAGAUACAUGGCAGUGUUUUUAUACCUAGUCUUUGUGGACCAACAAUUGAGAAACAAAAUUCCUUUCAAAGGAUACUAAAAGUUCUUGGACUGAAUUUCCGAAUUGUCAGACAAUAGGAAGAACUAGUAUGCAUUAGAAAAACUUUGCCAGUGACAUCAAAGGUGGACUACAGUAAAGACCUUUCCUUUUCCUUAUAAUAAGGGAUGUAGAAGGCAAUGGUACCUUUUUACCACUCAAACAAAAAAAUAAGGCUGGAAUUAUACUUAUGCACUUGUUAGUUACCUACAUUUUCUCUGUUUGAGAUUGACUUUCAUUUACGUCGCCGAUGGAUUGACUGCAUAAGAGCUAGGAACGUCUUGAUCUUUUCAUUGCUAUAGUCUGAAAGCCCAUUGUAAACAAACAUUGGCUUGUGUCUUUAAGCUUGGAAUGGAAUUUUAAUGGACCUUGGACAUGCAGGUCUCAGUUGGCUUCAGUGGAAUAAGAUGCACAGGAUGUGUUAUGGUACUAUAGCCAUCAGCACUUUAAAUGAACCCUGUACAAGAGGGCAUUCCCAAUGGCAGAAAUUCAGCUCUUUGUAUUGUGUUUCUUGUUAAGAAAAUGUUUGGCUAUGAAAGAUGACAUGGAUGAAUCUGUCAACUGAACUCGAGACUCUGCAAUACCCCCAGUGUCUCAUUACUUUGGGGAACAAUAGCAGUUACUUAGCAAGGUUCAGACAACAGACUUUUUUUUUUUUUUUUUACUUUAUUCCUGGAUCCUGCUCCAACCAUGCCAAUCAGCUGCAUGGCAUAAAAAAAUCUAUUUGAGUAUUCACUAUGCCAAGAUAUUUUACUU